CAGCGGUGGAAUGCGAGCUGGCGACCAAUGAGGGCGAGGGGAACGUGGUGUGUGUUCGUGCGGGGCUAGCGGUGGAGGGGACGGGACGAGCGGUCGCCAGUGGCACUGAGGACAAUCGGAGAGCGGAGCGGUUUGGCGCAGCUACGGCUGUUUUUUUGCGGGGGAAGAACAGCUCGCCGUGCCGAGGGGGAGCUGACCACGCAGUGUCUCCAUAACACAGUGCAGAGGAGCAAGGCUUCACUCCCACAGGCACAGACAGGAGUGGGGAGCUCUUCCAACACCUCCAUACAACCAGGAGCAGGCACACACACCGAUGCAGUUGCAGGUGACCCCUUCCCUGUGAGGCAGCCAAGGUGCAGGAACAAAAAGUCUUUGCGGAGAGCGUGAGUGCCCGAACAAGGAGACAGCCCUCAGCGAGAGCUUGCUGCAGGGAGGCGCCGCUGAGGAAGUCAGCCGAAGGACGGGGGCGGGGAGGGGGGAGCCAGUGCAGCCGCGAGUGGUCAGCAGCCCCGCCACCCAUCCCCCCCCCCACCACCCCAGCCCCGCAGCCUGCACCCGCACCCGCACGGCACGCCUGCAUCUCGGGGCCAGUGCAUCGCGGGCUCCUGCUCCCCUCAGCUCGACAAAUUGCACUCCCGUUCGGUCUUAUUUUCGGCCCGACGACGUGUUUUGUAAAUACACACUUUUUGGUUUUGAUGUAAAGGCUGCAGUCUGGGGACCUACCUUGGAAAAGACUUGGCAAAAGCAGCAAUAAAAUGGAUUUGUACUUGGUGGAUAUAUGGAAAUAGAAUUUCAGAUGCAUGCCAAGCCUCUGGUGAAUGUUGGAAUUUGUGAUCGCUGCAGAUGGAGACCCGUAUUCAGCAUGGCGGUGGUGGUUCAUUGGUGGUAAUCCAGCAACCCCCUCUCGACAGCAGGCAGAGACUGGACUAUGAACGGGAGCUGCAGCACACUGCCAUUUUAUCCCUCGAUCAGAUUAAAGCAAUCAGGACCAGCAAUGAAUACACAGAAGGCCCUGCUAUUGCGAAGAAGGCUAGUAGCAUUAAUAGCAGCAGACUCACACAACGGCAUGAGAAGCAUGAAAGGACUCACGAAGUGAUACCGAUCAAUGUGAAUAAUAACUAUGAGCAUCGGUCCACUCACCACACACAUGCUGGUCACCACUCCUCGACCAGGAUGCCUGUGUUGAGCAGAUCGACUAGCACGGGUAGUGCAGCUAGCUCAGGGAGCAACAGUAGUGCGUCAUCUGAGCAAGGGCUUUUGGGACGUUCACCACCAUCACGGCCAACCUCCAGCCACCACAGAUCGGACAGGAUGGUUAGAAUACAACCUAAACCAUCUCUCUGCACAACCAAUGAGCUGAAAUGCUUGGGGAAGGAGGAUUUGGCAAAGCAUAGGUUUAUAUGUGAGCAAUGUGGGAAAUGCAAGUGCAGAGAGUGUACAGCACCGAGGACCCUCCCUUCACGUUUGGCUUGUAACAGGCAGUGCCUGUGCUCGGCAGAGAGCAUGGUGGAGUACGGUACGUGCAUGUGCCUAGUAAAGGGAAUCUUCUACCACUGCUCCAAUGAUGACGAAGACUCCUGUGCUGAUAAUCCUUGCUCCUGCUCCCAUUCACACUGCUGCUCCAGAUUCUUGUGCAUGGGUUUAAUGUCCUUGUUUCUGCCCUGUUUACUCUGCUACCUUCCAGCUAAGGGCUGUAUUAAACUUUGCCAAGGGUGCUAUGACCGUGUAAACCGACCUGGGUGCCGAUGCAAGAAUUCAAAUACUGUGUAUUGCAAACUCAAGAGCUGUCCCACUCCAGGGGAGGACAAACCCUCUUGAUCUGGGGCAGCCAAGAUCUUUAACGCUUUUUUCUUUUUUACAUUUUUUAAAUUUUGAAAUCAUGCCUGUGUGUUUAUCCACUUCAGCCUCAGACUUGAUGUCAAAGUGCAGCAACUGUUCUAAUCUUACCCAUUCUACAAUCGUGAGAUGGAUGCUCUCUGUCAACAUGGCACCGCUCCAGUUCUGCCUGUCAGGCUUAGGGUCAUGAAUGUUUCAGGUCCCCAGAGGUGAAGGUACAUCUGUAUCACUUCGCAGGAGUAAACCAUUGCUUUCUCACCUGCAAGCAGCCCCCUUAACUAAUUCCUAUUGUCCACAGAUUUUUUUCAUGUUGCACAAAAUAUUCUGGUAUUUUUUACAAAAUCAUCAACAAAGUUAGCGUAAGUGAAACUAAUUAACCAGAUUCUGAGGGGGGGGUUUUAAUCUGUUUAAUAUAUGGAUGUUACAAUACAAUUGCAAACCAAUAAGAUAAUUAAAGGAAAUCACUGGUGCGGUGGUCACAAUACAAUGGCCUGCACCGGAGUGGCAAUCGCAAAAUAAUAUCCACUCUGAAAGAGCCAGAUGUUCUCUGACACUUAAAAUAAUGUGAUAGAUUAAUUGGGUCUCAUCAUUCUUUAUAAUUUUUGUUACUUGUUUCUGUGCUGUCGCAAAAUUAUCCAGGUAAGCAUUUCUCUGUUCCCUAACUAAGGGAUGAAGCAGAUAUGAGAAUAAAGCUGUGUUCUUUGCUUUGUACUCAAUGUGCUUUACUCUGAACGGGAGUGCAUAUUCUGGCCACCUCAAACUACUUUAGCAACGGGCAUCAUUAGUUUAGCUGUAUUAACUGACAAGAUUUCCAUUGUUUGUUAUUUGUCGGAGAAACUGUUAAUGUGCUGUUUUGGUUCAGUUUAUAGUUUUGCAACAUUUAGCUGACCUUGGAAUUUUUUCCUCUGUUACAAUGCAUAAAUACCUGGCAACCUGUUAGAAAGAAUAUGAUCCAAGUUUUCAAAGUAUACAACUUGGUUCAUUGGAUGAUACACAGUGAGCGAGUAUGAUUUCAAAAUCUGUAGUAUACUGCAUGCCUCAAGUUCUUCACACUUCUUUUACGUUUAAACAAGUUAAUCAAACAAUAGGAAAGAGUAAUAUUAUUUUAUAAAGAAAGGAAUAUAAUUUGUUGUAUCUUAAUUCAAAAUUCUGCACUUGUCCAAACAAUAGCAAAUUUGUAGUAUUCUGAACAAUGUUCAGCAUAUUGUAUUUUGUUUCACAAGAUAGGUCAGCUUUGGAUUUUAUAUUUCAACCUAACCCCCAGUGAGUGUUUUUAAUACAGGAGUACAGAAUCCCCCCCCCGCUAAUCUUUUAGUUUAAUGGUGUUUAAUACAGAGGAAUAACAAUAUUUUCUGAGGUGAUAACUGGAUAUCAGAGGUAUUAGCAACAUGCUUUUGAUAAAUAUCUUUGUAUUUUAUUGUGACAUCCAUAAUUAAAUGUCAAGUUGACGUAAAAUUGAUGAGACAGUAUUCUGGUUUAUUUUCCUAAAUUUGCCCCAAUAAGUUCUCCAUACUUCUGUAUUGAGCCAUACAGUGGCUUUAUCAUGUAUAUAUUUUAUGUAAAAAAAAAGUUUUGAGGAAUUACAAGUGUUUUAAAAUGUCUCAAAACUUCUUUUGUUGUAAAGAAUAUUUAUUAUGUGAAGCUCUAUUAUUUUAUGGUAUUUAUUUCAAAAAGCUGUCUGAAAUUUUACUCAUUUCUGAAUAUAACAAAUAGCAUUACUUAC